UAUAAAAUUAACAGAUUAUGGGGAAUAGAACAAGUAAAAAGAAACAAAAGAAGAACCUUUUGGUUGAAUUCGAUGCUUCUGACAUUAAUAAUAAAAGCCUGCUAGCUAACUUUUACAAAACCCAAUUGAUUGAGAUCGCCGAAGAAAUUGCAAUCGAGCUUAAGCAAAAGAAGAUUCCUCAGAAAAGGUUUGAAGCAUGGAAUAGUGUACUAGAUUUCCAUUUUAGAGAGCUUAUUUGUUUCAGUGCUCCAAUAGACUUUCAAAAAUCGAAUUGCCAAGCAGUUUGGGAGAUUCUUGAGGAGAAAUAUGUUGAUCUUAAAGGAAAUAAAUUAUUCCCAUUGUAUUAUUCUUUGAAUACUCCACUCAAGAAAGAAAGCAUGAUCAACUUAGCAAUUACACACAACUUAUCCAGCCUCAUUCUCAAGAUGGUUGAAGAGCAUCCUCAAGAAAUGGUUCAGGUGUACAAUUCAAAUAAAACUUCAUCAAUGCUGCAUGACUUAGCGUCAAUUGAUACAUUAUUCACACAAGAUGAAAUAAAACUUGCAGAGUGGCUGAUAAGACAUACAGACAAAUUUUCAAGGAAUAUAUUCGGACAAACAUUUCUUGAAACUGCAGUUAUAAAUAAUUCACCAAACUUUGAUUUCCUAGCCAAACUUGCUUAUAAAAAUACCAAAUGGCUGAUUAUCUGAGUCUUAGAGAAGUCUUCACUUCGCAAGAAUCUCUACAGAAAUGUUUUAAAAUACUGUAAGACAGAGAAGCUUAUCAGAAAGAGCUACUAUAACAUGACUAAAAAGCAUUGACUAUCAAAUCAAUUCUCAUCUUGGAGUAUGUCUCAAUUCAAAGGUACAGAGUCAUUGCUGGCCUAUCACACUCAAUUUUAAUCUAUACUAAUACCCUUCUCCAGAUGUAUCAGGGUUUAAAAUGC